AUGGCUGAAGACGCAACAGGCGGAGAUGCCGCAUCCAUAAAAAGUCCUACGAACAAGCCGAAGCCAGAAUUUCCCCAAACACAGGUUGGAAAACUAUGGGAGGCAUUCGGAAACCCAGAUGAGCGAAUCAAUGUGCACCCGGGAGCUUCAUAUAAUCCCGCGCAUUCUCCAAAACCAAAGGACAUCACCAUUUCCGAAUCGCUGAAGUCGAUAAAGUUGGAAGAUUUCAGCACUUUCCACAAAAAGCCAUGCGCGCGAGAUUCAUUGUUGGUGGGCCUUGGAGCUGGAUUCGGUAUUGGAGGAAUACGUGGAAUUGUUGGAGGCUUGUCAGCUAUGUGGCCCGCCUCCAAUUGGGCCGUCGGCGCCUUCGCAAUUGCUUCUUUAGCUUCGUACGAAUUCUGCCAACGACGUCGAGUCAACGAGAUGAAGGGUAUGCAAAAGGCGGUGGAGCUCAUGGCCGAGCUCAAGGCGAAGAAGCAAAGGGAGAAAGAGCAAUUGAAAGCUAUUCAAGAUGCAGAGGCGGAGGAGCUUCGCAAACAAAAAAGUUGGAUCAACCUCUCCAAUUACAAGUUUUGGUAG